UGUUCAGUGAAUAGAAGGUGUCCCUACUAUUACCUGCACCGUCACAGCCACAGAGACGUGUAGUUGUACACGUUCUUCCCACAGACUCCGAUUUGAAUCGCUGUGUAAUUCUCUUUAUCUCGAUCUGACGGCCAGUACUCGGCAAGACUACUAGUAGUAGUAGGUAUUUUGGCAGCUGGUCUUCGAUCUAACUUCGUCUUUUACAUUAUACCGACACGCCUCCGAGGAACAAGACUGAUACAAAAUGGCGGUUGGUUUCGCUAUGAACUGCGUCAAGUCCCUGUUGAUUCUCUUCAACUUCAUAUUUUGGUUGCUAGGCGUUGGUCUUGUCGCCGUUGGCGCCUCCAUCAUCGGGGACGGUAAGAUCAUCCACGCCCUGAGCCUGACGGAGUACGACCAGCAGCUGCUCACCUCCACCUGUAACGCCAUGAUCGCUGUCGGAGUCUUCGCCAUCCUCAUCGGCUUCCUGGGGUGCGCAGGCGCGGCGUGGGAGAACAAGUGCCUGCUGGGAGCGUUCCUCGUCAUCAUGGGAGUCUUGGCGCUGAUGGAGAUUAUCAUCGGUGGUGUCGCCCUGGCUAACAAACAUAAGGCGGAGAGCUAUCUGAAAGACAAAAUAGACCACAUCAGCGACACGCCGUACCGGAACAUGACUGAGGGAAUGAAGAAGUUUGUGGAUGUGGUACAGACUGGGUUCCGCUGCUGUGGUAUGGAGACUGUGACAGACUGGGCGCCGGACUAUCCUGGAACCUGCAACUGCACACAGAAGAAGGCUGAUGACGUGGGGGACGAUAGCAGUAGGUGUGACGCUGCGACAGGCAGAUGGGCACAGCCAUGUGACGGAAAGCUCAUAGGUAACCUCCGGGCCGCCAUCGGUGCCAUGGCGGGCAUGCCGAUAGCUGUCGCUUUCGCUACGUUUGCUGGAAUGGCCAUGGCCUUCGUGCUCUUCCGCAGCAAAGAUGGCGGACCGCCUAGCUUCAUCAUCAGAGGACACGAAUACAAGGCCUUCGCCUAAACAACCAAUGGGGCAACCUUCGACACACAUGAACACAUAGUUACGCAAACUUUAAGCAAUGAUGUUAAAAAAAACGACCUCAUUGCUUUAAGCGGCCUUAGUCUAGAAUUGUUCCACGUGAUCUGAGUUGUAAUGCAGUGAAAGUCUAGCGUGGUGGACAACCCUAACGUUAGGAUACAGUAGCUGUAUAUACAUAUCAGAUUCUAUAGUUAUAUGGCUAAAAAGCACAUUAUAUGGAUAAAAGACAACAGUUCUAAAUUGAGCUCCAGCUGACUUCUAUAAAGCUAAUGUGCAGCUGUGAAACAUAAUGAAAUACCCGUGCUUGUAACCUUGCUGGGUUAUGAAUAUACAGUACUAGUAAUUAAUUAUAUCUCAGCAUCUAUGCACAACUUAUUCACGUAUACGUAGUAGCUGGUCACGGGAAAAUGUAUUCAUAUGCAAAGGUACCUUUGUGGUGUAUAUUUGGAUCGAUUGAUAUUUUGUUUCAAUAUAGAGUGCAUUCUGUUAUUUGUUGAGUAAAGUGUAUGUACAGUAGCAGUGUGUGUAGUCGUACGAGUAGUAGAGCCAUGAGAUCUUGGCAAUGUAUCUGACAAGCCACUUGUUUUUGUAUAUUUCCAUACUUUUGCUGUCGAUGUUUUAAUACCAGGUUUGGACAGGUUCCACAAGACAGUACUUGUAAAUAAAUACAACCCUUGUGCUUCAGAGAUGAAGGUUACAUUUUGUGUAUAUGUUUGUAAACACACAUCAUCUUGAAUUUAUUUGGCCUUGUAGAAUAGAUGGGAAGUUUUGAUAAGACAGUCCUUGACAAAUAACUUUCAGAGAUACUUCCUUCAUUUAGUAAAAUCGUACUGUAACGUUACACAUGUUGUAUUAUAUCUGAAUAGAAAAGUAGAAUUUACAUAUGAUACAUGUACAUGGUUGCAUGCUUCAA